AUGGGCGCAUCGACUUCGGCUUCUAUAUCCUCGUUACCUGUUGUACCCGCCGUCUCCUCCAACUCCUCCAACUCCUCCCCCACGAUGACGCCUCCUUCGCUCGACCUGCUUUACCUGACUUUCAACUGCGCAAAGAACCUCCUUGACGUCCCCGUCUUUGCAACCCACGUGCAGACCGCUCUACGCCAAAAUGCUACGACCCUGCCCGACAUAGUUGUCCUUUCUCUCCAGGAAGUGGCACCUCUGGCUUAUUGCUUUAUCGGCGGCUAUUUCCUGAACCCAUACCUGGUGCGAUACGAAGAGGCUGUCAAUACGGCUGCGAGACGACAUAUUCAUGACGGCAGCCCGAGUUCUAAUGGCACGGUUACGCCCACCAAGCCUUACGCCCUCCUCCGAGCGAACAACGUCGGCUACACCGCCAUCCUCCUAUUUGCUCGCGAUCCCUCACGGCUUAAGAACAUCCAAGAGGCGGAGGUCGGGUUUGGAGCCGCCGAGAUGGGAAACAAGGGCGCUGUUGGCUUGCGCAUGCUGUACGAAGCCGACGGUGGCUCAUCUACAGAGCUGACGUUUGUCGCCACGCAUCUCGCGGCCAUGGAGUGGAACCUGCCCCGGCGCAAUGCCAAUUGGGCUGCCAUCAUGAGGGGCAUGGCCUUUGAGAACCCCGAGGAGGUUGUGAAGAGUUUCAAGACCUCGGUCACCCCAUCUCCAGCUUCGACUCCGCCUGCUGAGGAGCCACCUGAGCGUGUACGCCUCCUCGACGAGCAGCACCACGAGCAGCACUCGCGGCUCCAGCAGCAGCUGCACAACAUCUCGGUAUUCAAGCCUUCAUCACAUCUUUUUGUCGCAGGCGACCUCAACUAUCGCAUCUCUACCACUUCUCCACCCCCCUCUGCCGCAUUCCCGAGCCUCGACCCGGAUUCGGAGAACUACUACCCAGACUUCUUCCGUCUCGAUCAGCUCACACGUGAGCGUAUCGCUGGUCGUACGCUACAUGGCCUGUCGGAGCACGAGGUGCGCUUCCCACCCACGUACAAGUACGACGUGCUACCACCAAAGCCUGGAACCCAGGAACCGGAGCUUGAUGUGCCUUGGCGUUUUGCAGUGCACCGCUACCCCAGCUGGACUGACCGAAUCCUGUUCCUUGAUGUGCCUUCUUGGCUCCAAGGCAAGACUAGCGAGGCGCCCAAGCUCAAUGUCCGUGCCUACGACUGCCUUCCGGUCUUGCGCAUGAGCGAUCACCGCCCCGUCUUCCUACGGGUUGAUGUGCCCCUCAUCUCACCAAGCGAUCUCGCCCCGCCAUCGGGUCUAGACCCUGACACAAGCAGAGACCCUCGUGCCCGGCUCCCCAUCGAGAUAGACCCGGAGGCCUGGGAGCGCCGCGCUGCUGCACGUCGCAAGGAGGUGAUGGCCGGCUGGAGCAUGUUCCUCUGGAGCACCAAACAGGGCGCCUAUAUCCUCGCCGCCGUCCUUGCCUUUGGUGCCAGUGCAUACUGGCUGUACCACUUGCUCUAG